AUGUCGUCUACCAGCCUCCCCACCACGAUCCGCGCCGUCCUCCAACCAGACAUCCAAUCCACCGACCUCAUCCUCACCUCCCUCCCCUUCCAGUCCGCCAAACCCAACACCGAUGAACACGUCAUCAAAGUCCACGCCACCGCUCCCUGCGCCGGCGAGCUCCUCUGGGGCAAGAACUUCCCCGACUCUGUCCUCAAACCCGGCAAAAUCCUCGUCCCCUGCUACGACCUCUCCGGUGAGGUGAUCACUGCCCCCCCCAACUCCCCCUUCCCCCCAGGGACGGAAAUCUACACCCGCACCCCCGCGCACAUUACCGGGAACGCACGCGAGUACACUGUCGCCAAAACCGCCGAGCUCGCGGCCAAGCCGGCGAACCUUAGCUGGGAGGAGGCCGCCUCGAUUCCACUGAGCACGUUCACCGCUUACCAGGCGCUGUUCGAGCACGGGGAGCUGAAAUUGGGAUGGAAAGACGCGGCCGGGCGUGCCGAGAACGCGAAGAAACGGGUGCUGAUCACCGCCGGCGCGGGAGGGGUGGGCGUCAUCGCCGUGCAGCUCGCGCGGGCGGCGGGGGUGGGGUCGGUGAUCGCGAUCACGGGGACGAGCAAUGUGGAGUUCGUGAAGAGCUUGGGUGCGACGGAGGUGAUCGACUAUAGGAAGACGUCGCUGGGGGAGUGGGCGAGGGCGCAGCCGAAAGUGGACUUGGUGUUUGAUAUGCUUGGGGGCCAGACCCUUGCGGAUGCAUGGACGGCGGUGAGGGAGGGGGGGAUCUUGUUGGGGAUUCGGGAGCCGCCGGAGAUGAGGAAGCCGAGCGGGGUGGCGGAGGGGAUUCGGGAUUCGUUCUUCAUUAUGGAGUCGAAGGGGGAGCAGCUGGCAGAGCUCGCGCCGGUUAUUGAGAGUGGGGACUUGAAGCCGGUUGUCGAUAGUGUGUUUCCGUUGGAGGAAUUUAAGGAGGCGUUCGCAAAGGUCGAGGGGGGACAUUCGAGGGGGAAGGUGAUUAUCAAGAUCUAG